AUGCGUUUACCCGUUUAAUGUUUAGUACGAGCGCAGGUUGCAUGCAAGCAAGGUGAAUUGCGGUUGCUCUCCCGUGUUAAUUCUCAAAGGCGGACCAACAUUUUUUGAGCUGUAGUGAAUUAGCGCAUUCCUCUGGGAGAGUUAAUUUGUCAUCAUAACAGAGACUCAUCUUCUUUUAUAAAAGAGUUUCCUCAAUAAAAUGCCUGCAGAGCGGAAAAAGAGCAAUAACGGAGGUGGUGCGGACUCCAGAAUAUUCAUGGCCGAGUCUGUCGAGAGUCGAACACCGUUGGCUUGGCAGCAGAGGAACAUCAAUUACCACCAGCAACAGAAUAAUGGCACUCUGAUGCACACAACAGAAAGACAGACCAACAAAAUUCACAGCAGUCAGCAAAACGGGAACCACUCCUCAGAGGGCCAGCAACAGGCUGUGCAAGGACGGCGCUCCUCAUCCAUCACAGCAUCCAGUUCAAGUUCGAGCACAGAAAGAGCGUCUAAGAAUUCGAGACCGGUGAACUCGGCGCCUCCAGUUGCAUAUCCAGCUUAUGUCGGAACUUGGGACGGUGAGCCCUGCCCGGUGCACCACCUGCAGAUGCUGCAGGUGCCACCAUCGUUACCCAUUCCACAACAUCUGUCAGUCCAGGGUAUCCCGCCAGCAAUGCUGCCCCCGUCGAUUGCAGCCACUCUGCCCCGUCGGCCACCAGCGUACGAGAAAAAUAUGCUGAUGUUACUGCCGCCGAUGCUGCAACCCCGGCCUCUGGUGGUGCCAGCAAGCGAAGGACCCCUUGAGCCCCUUCCUGUUCGAGACCCAAAGGGCAUUCACCACACUCUGCCAAGAAAAGAGGGUUCGGCAGCCAGCGAAAAAAGUGUAAUGGCUAAUACUGGGAAAAACAACAACUGCCAGGGACACACGGUGGUCCUUUGGUUUAUAAUCACUGUUAUCACAAUAGGUGUGCUCUUGGGCGCUGUGCUCAGGUUUGUCAUGGCUUGAGCAAUGAUUUUGUAUUUAUAUUCUGCAAAUAUCACAUUAUCGGAUUAAGUUAUUUUUCCAAUGAUAACUUUUUUUCAAUUUUGCUCAUUUAAAUGUGUAAGAAUUAACAAAAUUGUGAUGUGCCUUAACCUUCUGUAGGAGUUUGAAUUGACAAAUUUGAAUAACCACUUGCUAAUUACAUGUAAAGCUGUUAUUUAUUUAAUUGCACAAAAAAACGCAUUGUAUGUAAUUAUGCUUUUUUUCAGCAUCCAAUAAAAGUAAUCUACAAUUUUA